AAAACACAUCGCUCAUUGCAAUAAAAGCCACAAGACUAAUACUGCUUCUCUAAAUAAGUAAAACUCAAAUUUAGCGAUAGCGUUAGCGAAUGUGCCCGUACAAGGCUUGUGAUGACAGAGGCUUACUAGUAGAGUGCCUGCCUAGAUGAAGACUUCGACUAGCAAGGACAUCCUGACGACCUUGAUCACGACUAACUACGCAAAAACAGAAGGCAUUCAGCAUACUACGGUAGAUGAUCUAGUACACAUCCAUAAUGAACGUUGUAGCCUUCCGAACUCGCCUUGAUGAAUUUUUAGCAGGAGGUACCUCUUUCAUUCAGUAUUCGCAUCCAGCUCACGGCUACACACGUUCUUGAAAAUCCUAUCACAUAGUGCUAAGUAGUUUUUCUGUUUGUCAAUCUCUCUUGCAUUAUUAGCGGUCGCUCAAAAUUCGCGAGUGCUCUCUGGUAAUUGUCGCCUUGUAAGUAUAUGUAUUGCAUUUGCACUAAGACUGACAGGCUCUUCACGCAGCACAACAAGAAUGCAUAACUAUGGUAUUAUCGCGAACGAAUCGAAAAAUCUUCCUGUUUUUAGUAGGGUCUUCAACGGCGAUUUUUCCAAAAUAUGGCGAAAACAAAGUUCGGUCUGUUUGACGUGCUGUCUCUCAUCUGCGUUGCUAGCCGCAUUUAAAAUUUAUAACGACCAGCGAUAUUGUGCAAGUGUAGACAUUUAG